AUGGCCGAAAUUGGCCCUCUCUCGUUCGAGACGAGUUUCUCGUCGGGCGCCCUAACCGAGUCCUCUUCAAACACUGCCUCGUUCAGCUCAACACCGCCAACGACCCUAUCGCCCGACAGCAUGUCGCUAGCAUCAGACCCGGACGUGCCCAAACAUGGCAGCAUCGUCACUCCCCUUCUAGACGCGGCCAUCCCCCUCCUAGAAGACGCGCAAAAGGCCCAGAUCCAGCAGAUGGAGCGCGAUUUCGAUCGGAAGGCACCGCACACUUCCCCGCCCGCCGAGUCCCAAGAGCCCAACGAUCAGAGCAGCCGGCAUACGCCUGUCGCAAAUGCCAUUGUGGUUGAGCCUUUGCCCGAGGAGCCACCUUUCGCUGGCCGCGCCCGCCGCGCGCGCGCAAGUCUGCCGGUGUACAACCUCGCAAAAUUGAGUGGCACCAGACCCUACACCAAGCGGGUCGCCAAUGGCGAGCCUGUCGACAGCAAGCGCCGCCGCACGAUCGCCAGUGACACGCCCGCCACCGGUAGCAACGAGACGGCGAAUGGCGACACGAACGUCCGGCCGAAGGCUUCCGAGCCGGCACAAGGCGGCAUUGAUGCGAUGGGUCUUGACUUGCCGGCCGCCGCCGUUGCCCCGAGCUCGCCUGCCACUCCUAACCGGGCGCGCCGAAUAAUCAAGAAGCCCAAGUCAGUCAAGUUAAUAAUUAAGUCGACCAAGUCAACCAAGUCGACCCCUGCCCCCGCCGCGUCGAUAACGCGUAGAGCGACGCGUCUUUCCGGCGAGCCCGUCGCGUCUCUCACAUCAAAGAUGACGGCACUUGGCAAGCGCGGUCGCAAGACGAUCGAAAGGGGACUAGACCGCAUGACACACGAAUUGAGACGGCUGCAGGACACAAACGAGUUCGCACAUAUAGACACGCGUCCUGUGCGCUACACCGUUUGGAGUAACGGCAAGUAUAUUGACCCAGAUGCGUCUGAGGAAGAGGCUGCGGCCACGCCACCCCGAAAGAAGGCGCGCACCAGCGAGAGCGCUACGGCGGCUCAACCCGGCAAGGAACCCGAGAUCGAUGCCGAAAAGAAGGAAACUACCGGGCCCGUGCCGAAGAAGCGCCGUGUCAAGAAGUGGCUAGACAAGGGCCUCUAUUCCGGUCAGGACACACCUGUGGACGUUUUCCAGAACCUCAAUGCCCAGGACAAGAAGAAGCUAGCAUCCCUCCCCGAGUUGAUCAGGCCCGUCAAACCCAAUAAGACGCUGCCCUCCCCGAUGUAUAAUGGCCUGCGCAUGCUUAUGAACGGCCGCGACUUCAAGUUGCCCUUUGACAUCUGCAGCCCGCUCCCCCCUGGACAGCCAAAACCUGCUCACUACCGGACCAUGACCAAGAAUCGCUUUGUUGGAGACGCCAGCGCGUAUUGGAAGAAGACGCCCCACUUUGGAGACUUCGCCUCCAAGUGCGUGUGCAAGCCCGAGGACGGGUGUGCCGAGGACUGCCAGAAUCGGAUUAUGUUGUACGAGUGCGAUGAGACCAACUGUAACGUAGGCAAAGCCCAUUGCCAAAACAGGGCCUUUCAGAAUCUUCAGGAGAGAACUAAGACAGGUGGCCGUUAUCGCGUGGGCGUUGAAGUCGUCAAGACUUCUGACCGCGGCUAUGGUGUCCGCAGCAACCGCUGCUUUGAGCCAAACCAGAUCAUCAUGGAGUACACGGGCGAGAUUAUCACCGAGGAAGAAUGCGACCGCCGCAUGAAUGAGGUCUACAAAGACAACGAGUGUUACUACCUGAUGUCUUUCGACCAGAACAUGAUAAUUGACGCCACCACCGGUAGCAUCGCGCGGUUCGUCAACCAUUCGUGUUCGCCCAAUUGUCGGAUGAUCAAGUGGAUUGUCUCUGGACAGCCACGCAUGGCCCUUUUUGCCGGCGACCGCCCCAUCAUGACGGGCGAAGAGCUUACAUACGACUACAACUUCGAUCCCUUCUCCGCUAAGAACGUGCAGAAGUGCCUUUGUGGUAGCCCGAACUGCCGAGGUGUUCUCGGCCCCAAGCCCAAGGAGGUAAAGCCUCCGAAGCCCCCGAAGGAGACCAAGAAGUCUGUCAAGGGAACAAUCAAGGCCGGCAAGCGAAAGCUCAAGGAGAUGCUCGCCAGUGGCGACGAGAAAGAGCCAGAGAAGCCGACAAAGAAGGUUAAGCUGGUAAUCAAGAAGGCGAAGAAGCCAUCGCCCUCCUCAGCUGGACUCAAGGCCGCUAAGGGCGCAGCCAAGAGCGCAGUCAAGGGAGCGACGGUAAUCAUCAAGCGCAGCGUGGCGAGUGUAUCUACCAACACGAAGCUAGCUCUUAGCUCGUCGACUAAGAAACCAACGACCAAGAAGGCGGCUGCGACCAAAAAGUCAAUCACCACGAUCAAGAAGUCCAUUACGACGGAUAAGGAAGCUCCUAGAGUCAAGCGAAAAUACGUAAAGAAGAACACGCCAAGAGUUAAGGUCUCUUCGCGAAGUUCAAGUCUUACUACCAUUGUCGCGGCCGGACCCGCCUCGGAGAAGAAGAAGACUGCUGGCCCGGGCAAGAAGACACCCAAGACGAAGAAGAUGACGCCCGCGUCGUCGGCGAAGAGCACACCGAAGAAGUCAGCAACGCCACCGUCUUCGGUCAAGGUAGCCUCAGGUCGCAAGCGCACACCCUCGUGGAAGGUGCUGAACUCGGCCAGCCCCGACUCUGAGAUGGCCGCUGGCGACGCAGUGUCUGCCAAAAACACGCCGUCCUCGGCCAAGUCGCGCAAAACGCUGGACAUGGCACGCUCGGACAAGAUCUGGGCCGUGGAUGAUGAUGACGAGUAA